AUGGCAGGUGAAGGCAGAAACGACACCAAUGGUGUAGCUGUCCUGCCACGUAUACACGAGGCUCUGCAACUCAUUCACAAUCCCUACUCCGACAAUGUAGCCCGUCAGGAAGCCCAACGCUUUUUGGAGGACGUCAAGAACACCAACGAAGCUCCAUCCCACGGGUACACUCUCGCUUCGGACAAGAGCCAAGCCCCUGUUGUACGGCACUAUGCGCUUUCACUACUCGAGCAUGCGAUCAAACACAAAUGGGAGCAAUACACAAAAGAGCAGGCGGUCGCCCUUCGCAACUGGGUGUUGGAGCUCUCUCGAAAUGUCUCGAGAGAAGACCCUGGCUAUCUUCGCAAUAAGGUUGCCGUCUUGUGGGUUGAGGUUGCCAAGCGAAGCUGGGUUGCCGACUGGAUGGAUAUGGACACUCUCCUGGUGCAGUUGUGGCAGGUACCCGACUCGGCCGUACACAAGGAGCUCGUGCUACUCAUCCUGGAAACCCUUUCGGACGAAAUCUUUAACGGAGACGAUGCUGUGGUCGCGGUCCGAGAAGGGGUUCUUAGUAAAGCUUCUGUUGAGAUCUUCACUCCCGCUGCCGUCCUCCUAGAAACCUUCCCUAAACGACAACCAGGGCCUGAGGUGCGGUGUGGGGACGAGGGCUGGCUGAGACGCAUCACUGAUUUCUUGGGCCAGUGUCUGGCAGGAGACUUGCAAAAUGAGGAGAUCCGGAACUGUGCGGUCCGAGGGCUUACGGUCAUACACUCUUUGAUGCCAUGGGUCAUCCCGAACGCCGCCACUGCCACAGGCUGUGUACCCGUCGUAUGCGACGCUCUUCGUGCUCCACACGUCGCCGUACAAAAGGCUGCCUUGGAAUCCUUGCAUGCGCUAUAUUCUCGGACGAGUUUUAUUGAACAAGAGUUCCUCGAUCUGGUGGUGCCCCUAUACGACCGGAAAUACAUCCAGCUUUUCAGACACUUGUUCGAGUGGUCUACGGUUGAUGCUGAAGACAUCGACGACGAUAAGUAUCAGUGUGGCAAGAAGCUUUCCGAGUUGGUCUCUUUCCUUGGUAACUACAUGGACCGCCGAUUUGCUGCCCUGCCAAAUGAUCCGGAGCGAGUCGAUUUCCAGGGGUUCCUACAACUCCUGCUUCUAGUUACACAAAGUCAGAGCUUGAUAGUGUCUAUUCCCGUCCUUGUGACAUGGUCUCGCCUAUUGGGCCACAAAUCCAUUGGCCCUAGCAUUGCGGCAUUGCCUGCCUUUAUCGGCCCACUGCUGGAAGUAUGUGGCUCGAGACAAUUCCGAUAUGAUAGCCUACCGGAAGACACCCAAGAUCCGACGUUCUUGUUUCUUCUUGAGGAUACCGACACAAUUCCAGAACGACAUGCCUUCCUCGGUAAUUACCGCCGGUACUCUUCACAAGUAAUUGAAAAUAUUGUUCGGCUCCAGGUUGUCGAUGCCAUCCAGCAUAUCCUUGGCCAGACCGAGAACAUCCUUGAGCAUCUUUACGACGGCCAGCCUCGAUUUGACCCUGCAAACUACACAAAGUCGUCAGCGCCCGUAUUGCGUGUCGACGCGCAGGCUACGUUGAUUGAGGCCGCUCUCAAAGGUAUUACCAAGUGGAGAGGGGCCGAAACCGAAAAUGCUCAACAUGAACAGGAGAUAAUUUCGUUGGAGAACAGCCUACAGAGCUGGGCUAACCGCUUGCUCGUGAUGAAGUUCGAGGACCCCUUAAUCAGGAAGAGAAUCUUACAGCUUCUGGUGGCAUUCUCAACAACGGCUCUGGAUAAAAAUGCAGGUUUCAUGCUGAAGGUUUUGGAACAUAUCCUUGUGACAUGGCCCGCAGCACAGCCACAGCACAAGACGUACAGCGAGGCAAUUAAGGAUUUACAGGCCGAAAGCAUGGUCGAACUGCAGAGGCUUGCGUCGAAAAUGCCCGACCAUCUGCUGGAUGUUUACGAUCAAAUUGCAGGGCAAGUCAAUGAGAUGAUUGCUUCAGGUACGCUCGACGAGAAGCGCCAGGUUGCAUAUCAAACUUUCCUCUUCACCAUUGUGCACCGAUCGAGUCGUCUCGACAAAGCGACCAAGGUUCAAAAGCUGGAGGAGUUUAUUGUGCCGAUCAGAACCCAAUGGCAAGAUAACAGUCUCAAAAGUGCCCUAUCAUCGUAUUCCGGCUUCUGUGAGAUGAUGGCCCUUAAUAAGGCUCAGGAUUAUCUCGCUCGAAGGCGAGUCCACGAAAUCCGAGACUGGGGCUCGGUACAACUGGACGAUGAAGGGAAGGCUCUGCAAUCCGAGAUGGAACAGAGACAGGCGGCUUUGCCGUUGCGACCUACAAAGUCUUUCUUGACAUGCUCCGUGGAGAAUAUUGACAAAAACACAACCCCGUACCAAACUUCCUGUGAGCUGUGGCAGGAUGGGUUCCCGGUCAUCCUACCAGAGCUACUGAAGUUCUUGAGCCAUGCUCAUGCUUCGCACACCCCUGAUAAUUGGGUCGGGCUUCCGGCGGAGAUGCGAACCAUCGUAGGACGCGUUCUCACCGAUCGAUUCUGGCAAGCUGGCAUUUCCGAAGGCAGCAAGGAUGACUUCUAUGCGCGGGUUGUAGAUAAGAAACACACGGUGGAAGGUCUUGCCUCGACGAUUCGAGGCACGAUUCGCUUCGUCCGGGAAUCUUGCUAUGCCAUCAUCUACUGCAUGAGCCGUCUGGACAUGCAAUUCUACGGCUUUAGCGAACUGCCGGGACCGCUGGCCCACUCGCUGCUUGCAGACUCUCAUUACCUAUCUGCCCACCAGCUGAUCAAUCUCUUGAAUUUGGUGAGGUAUUUAGUGGACAACUGCCCCAUCCAGCUACGGGAUCACUUCCUUCCUCCCCUGCUCGCUGCCUGUUUCCAGCAAAUGGAUGACAAAGUGAACUCCGAAUGGCAAAAGCUCGACCAGCAACAAGGCGUCCAAGCAGGCGGAGAUGCCUUGACCGAAGAAAUGAAAGCCGAAAGUAUUUUGAGGCAGCUGACGUAUACCGCCGUCAUGAUAGUGGCCGACUUUUUGGAUCCGGCUCGGUCGGAGCCUCCUUUCACAAGUUCCGAACAGCACGAUCGUAACCACCCUUCUCUCCGCAAGUUCUGUCUCAUGCAGUCAGCUAUCGUGGAGCCUCUCCUGAUGUUCUGCACACACGCAAUUCGGAUGCGAGAUACCAGAUGUUGCAGUAUCAUGUUGCGUGUUUUCCGAUCCAUUGUGCCAGAUUUCCAGACUGCCGGUCCCAUAUCUUUGACGAUAGAGUCGAAGUCCGAAACAGAGAAGAAGAGCAUUGUAGACGUCACACCCAUCCCGGCCUCCACCGCAUCGGUUAUUCGGGAAUACAUCUCGUCUGAUGUUCUCAAGGCCUGCAUCACAUCGCUGCACGAACCCUACUUUGUGGAUUUGCAGAAGGACCUCGCAGUUCUGAUUGCCACGAUCCUGCUACACUUUUGUCCACUGACGCAAACACCACGCGACGUGCUGUUAUCGCUGCCGAACAUACAGCAGGGUGAAGUCGACAAAGCCAUCGAGUCUAUUUCUAAACCCGGGUUGAGCUCACGGAGCCAGCGGGCGAUCGUGCUUGAUCUUCUUCGAGACCUGAAGGGCGUCAGCAUCUCCGAGAUGGGCAAGCUUCAAAAGAGUUUCGGCGACGCUGGGUCCAAGCGAGUCAAGAAGUCAGCUCGGAGUAAGAUGGCGCAGGAAUUCAUGAAAGCCCCAACACCAUCGACCACGUCGACCAAUGCCCCCCAGAUCAAGACUGAGGAUGGAUUGGAGGGCGUUGCGAGCCUGUUCAAUGAGUAG